GCUUCCCUCUCCCUUUUCCUCAUGGGGUUUUAGGACAGAAGGGUGUCGCAGGAAAAGGUCUGCCCAUCAGAGAGGCCCCUCUUGUGGUCCAGGGCCAUCCCCUGAGAAACACGGGGACCCCAGAACCACCUGGGCCACAUGAAGGCUGAGCUUGGUAGCCCUCAGGAAGGGGCGCAGGAGUAUGGGUGACGAUUUAAGUUUAAGUGCUUACCCCAUCCCAGAGCCUGCCCCCCCAGCAUCACCCCCUCCCCAAGCAUAGCUCAUCCUGGCCCCAGAAGACACUCAGUCCCUGUGAGGAGCCGAGGAGAAGGGAAUGAACAUAGGACCAGCCACCAGGAGGGGACAGCCCUGCUGCAGUGGCCUCACUGUCGUCUAUGGAUAGGACUACUGGUGUGUGUGGGGGGGUCCCAAUGCUGAUGCAGUUAAGAAAACAGUAGCUAUUUAGAGCCAGGCUGGGUGUGUCCGCAUGUCCCUGCUGCUGCUAAGGAGGUCCCCAGACCCUUGAAGGCAGCCUGAGGGUCCCUGUGGGCUGUCUGCCAGCCCCCUGCUCUUCCUCUGUGGUGCAGCCUGUUUGUGCCACGACCACCAGGCAUUCUACUUCCUAGAAACUCUUCAGUCUGGCCUGUCUGAUGUCAGAUGUCACCCGCCGCCCAAAGUCUGCUCCAAGGAGCCUAUGGCAGCCAGGGUGGCUGUGGGAUAACGGCCAGCACCAUCUACCAGGCAGCAGUGAGGACAAUGGGCAACUUGCUGUGUUAGUGUGCAGUGUCCUCAGUCAGCAAGGAGGACCACUUUCUCCAGACCUGUUGCUGUCAUGCUUCCGGGGACAGCUCCCAGGACCCCUGGUGGGGUUUACUUCCCUGCCCUGACUAGCCUGCUAUCCCAGAAAGUGCAGGAGAGUGAGAGAGCCCUAACCUACAGCACUGUGAGCGCUGGCUCCCAGAUUGGGACGCUGGUGACUGGGGCGGUGGGCUCUGUGCUCCUGGAGUGGUGCGGCUGGCCGAGUGUCUUCUACCUCUCGGGCGGCCUCACCUUGCUCUGGGUGUGGUGCAUGCACAGGUACCUGCUGAGUGACAAAGGUAACGGGCCGGGCUGGGCAGGUUGGUCCCCGCACGCACACGCCGGCCGCCUGCUGCUCCACCCCGCAGUUCUGACCUUCUCCAAAGAAUCCACUAGACUGGAGUCAGAGGAGAGAGCACCUAGUGCCAAGCACUCAGCCCCACAUCCAGUUCAGUCGGGAAGUUCCUCUGGGGCCCAGGCAGACCCCUGGGGAGACCUGCAGGCAAAAGCCACCAAGAUAUCGUUCUGGCCAUGGGCAUCCUGGCGCGAGGCCUGCCAGUGUCCAGGCACUGCAAGGUACCCUGGAGACAGCUCUUCCGAAAGCCUUCUGUCUGGGCAGCCGUCUUCGCGCAGCUGUCCUCUGCCUGCUCCUUCUUCACCCUCCUCUCCUGGCUGCCCACCUUCUUUAAGGAAACCUUCCCCCACUCCAAGGGCUGGGUCUUCAACGUGGUGCCCUGGUUGGUGGCAAUUCCUGCCAGUGUGUUCAGCGGGCUUCUCUCUGAUCAUCUCAUCUGUCAGGCUAUGCUGGGUGGGACCCACUCCAGAGGACACGGGGGUCUGCAGCAGGCUGAUAGGACCCCUCUGUGGCCUCCUCCCAUCAGGUUACAGAGCUGUCAUGGUGCGGAAGUUCAUGCAGGUGAUGGGCCUGGGCCUGUCCAGCAUCUUUGCUCUGUGUCUGGGUCACACUUCGAGCUUCUUCAAGUCCAUGGUCUUUGCAUCAGCUUCCAUUGGCCUUCAGACCUUCAACCAUAGCAGCAUUUCUGUGAACAUCCAGGACUUGGCCCCAUCCUGUGCCGGCUUCCUAUUUGGUGUGGCCAACACAGCUGGGGCCUUGGCGGGUGUCAUGGGCGUGUGUCUGGGUGGCUACCUGAUUGAGACCACGGGCUCCUGGACCAGCCUGUUCUACCUGGUGGCCAUUGUCAGCAACCUGGGGCUGUGCACCUUCCUGGUGUUCGGACAGGCCCAGAGAGUGGACCUGAGCCCCACCCAUGAGGACCUGUAGUUCCCACCCAGCCACCUUCUGAGGACACGGCACCAGCAACCCCAAGGACCAAGGGCCCCAUUGGAGACGUUUGAGCAGAAGAGAUGGCAAACUGGGGCCUUGCUGAGAGCCCCAGUGAGUGGGCAGGAGGAGCAUGGCAGACGCCAGUACCCAUGGAGGGCCUGGGUCAGGACCAGGCUGGCCCUCUGAACCUCGGUUUCCCCACCUCCCUCGUCACUGGCUUUGUGUAGCCAUCAGGGGCAGAAUCUUUCUAGUAAAUUCCAUCAGGUCCUAGCAGGACAUCCUCAUCGACUCCCCCACCCCUGGGAAUGCCUGUCUAUGUAUGCAGGGUCUGGUGCUCAGCUGGGCAACCACUGUCUGCAGGGGCAUCCUCACACCCCCACCUGCUCCACAUCACCCUCCCCAUCGCAACAGCCAGAAAUGUCUCCAGACUUUGUCCAGUGUCCCCAGGGGAACCACUGAAGAAGAACCCUAGUCAAGAGAAGGCCUCAGAGUCUCUGCUUCUCCCUUAGCCAGGCUGAGACUCUGUUGGAUGGUGGGCAAAGGGCUAGAGGCCCCUGGCCGUCUCCAGGGACCCAGAUCCCUACCAUCCCUCCCGUGGGUCCCUGGUCACUGACUACACAUUCUGAGGAGGUGGACACCCUGGUGUCACCUGGGGCAGGGGCCACGCAUGCAGAACCAGGCAGAUCCAUCUUCCUGGUCUCCUGUCUACCACCCUUUCCAUACCCCGAGGAGCUGGUGGUCUCAUGAAUCAAUGAGACCAGAUUUUGCAAGAUGUAUGUGUAGAGAAAAGAAACUAUACACACAUGGGAAAGUACAUCAAAGCUGUAUUUAAGUAACUGUUGAACUGUUUGAAACUAUUAUUUUAUCAAAAAGCAUUAGAAUCAGGUCUGAGGAGAGUCCUGGGAGUGGACACAUUUAUGGAUCUGGAAUAUUGAAAUAAAUGUGAAAAUGG